UGUACUGCACAGAAUCGCCGCAGUCUCCCGGGACACCAAGAACGCAAUAGAGUGUUCAUCUUUUUUUACUUUUUGAGCAUUUUUACGCGGACCGGACGAGGAUUUAAAGCGAGGCCAUACAUGGGUUUAGGUUGCUCUGUCUUUGAAAGGAGAGCCUGAUUCUGGCUCCGGGUUCCCAUGAUGUCAGCGGUAGGGUAGGGUUCUGGCCCGGCCCGUGGGAGAGUUUAGCGCGUGACUCCAGCUGUCAUGUUGGGGCUCGUUCCCGCGGAGCCGCACAGGUGUGCAGCCUCCAACGGUCGUCCCGCGGAGGGGCCAGAGGAUUGGUCUCCUCCUGCGGUGUCACGGGAUGAGACCCAUCCACCUGUCGUCCCGCGGAGGAGCCAGAGGAAGGGUCUCUUACCGCGGGGUCCCGGGAUGAGACGCUGAGGGGCUGACUACUGCUGGGUUUCUCUUUAGCCUGCAGUUAUGUGGCUUGUCUUUCCUCUUGUUUGUUCAACAAGAUGCUUGCAAACAAGCGGGCGGUCUUGGUUUUGCAGAACGACCCAGCCUACGGGGGCCAGCGGCGGUCCUUCACCACGGAGGACGAGGCCUGGAAGUCCUUCCUGGAGAACCCGCUCACCGCCGCCACCAAGGCCAUGAUGAGCAUCAACGGAGACGAGGACAGCGCCGCCGCCCUGGGCCUGCUCUACGACUACUACAAGGUGCCCAGGGAGAAGAGAACAAUCACGCAGAGCAAGACAGAUGCCAUGGGCUCUGAUGUGGAUCCCAACAAAAGGCACCAGCUCCAGACUGGCCACUCCAUCACCGCGCUCCAGGACACCUCCAUGGCCAACGUGGAGAGCAGGAUCCAGGUGCUGAAGGGGCCCUUCAACAUCCUGCUGCCCAACCAUUUGACCCAGGACAAGAGGAGCUCCUUCACCACGCCAGUGUCCAUCGCGGCGGGGUCCAACUACACCUCGGUGAAGACGGAGGGCCCCACCCAGGGCUUCUCGCUGGCCGUGCAGAACCCCUGCGCCGAAGGCCAACACCACCCCCACAGCUUCGACAGGCAGAUGGUCCACAGCUCCGUCCAGUUCACCUCCAACGCCCGCACACCACCCGACUCCACCUUCCCCGAGAGCUACAAGGACAGCUCCCAGGAGGUGUUCUCCUUCCCGGGGGAUCUCCAGUUACGUAUGUCGUCCAUCGUGACGCCCGAGGACUACAGCGCCUUCGAAUCUGUCUCGGGGAGUGACUAUGAGUACACUCUGGAAGCGUCCAAGUCUCUGCGGCAGAAGACGGGCGACGGCACGAUGACUUACCUGAACAAGGGACAGUUCUACCCCAUCAGCCUCAGGGAGAUCGACAACAACAAAGGGAUCCAGCAGCCCAUCACCAAAGUCCGGAGUGUUGUGAUGGUGGUGUUCGGGGAGGAGAAGUGCAGAGACGACCAGCUCAAGCACUGGAAGUACUGGCACUCCCGACAGCACACGGCCAAGCAGCGCUGCCUAGACAUCGCGGACUACAAGGAGAGCUUCAACACCAUCGCCAACAUAGAGGAGAUCUCCUACAACGCCAUCUCCUUCACCUGGGACACCAACGAGGAGGCCAAGAUCUUCAUCUCGGUCAACUGCCUGAGCACGGACUUCUCCUCGCAGAAGGGGGUGAAGGGUCUGCCGCUGAACCUGCAGAUCGACACCUACAGCUACAACAACCGCAGCAACAAGCCCAUCCACCGCGCCUUCUGCCAGAUCAAGGUCUUCUGCGACAAAGGCGCCGAGCGCAAGAUCCGCGACGAGGAGAGGAAGCAGUCCCGCCGGAAGGGGAAGGUGUCGGAGCACAGCAGCACCAUGGGGGCCUUCGCCGACGUCAAGGUCCCGCUGCUGCAGAAGAAGAACGACGUCACCACCUUCAAGAUGAUGAGCGACUUCGAGACGCAGCCGGUCCUCUUCAUCCCCGACAUCCACUUCUCCAGCUUCCAGCGCCAUCCUUUCACGACGGAGGAAGGAGAAGACAGCUCUGGCAUGAAGAGGGUGCCCUUUGCUGAAGACGAGUUUGGAACCCCUCCGAACAAGCAAGCAAGACUGGACGAACCAAAGAAAGUCCUUCUGUACGUACGCAAAGAAACAGAGGAGGUGUUUGACGCUGUCAUGCUGAAGAUCCCCACCCUGAAAGGCCUUGUGGAAGCUAUAUCAGAGAAAUAUGAGCUACCUUUGGCAAAAGUUGGAAAGGUCUACAAGAAAUGCAAAAAAGGGAUCCUAGUCAACAUGGACGACAACAUCAUAAAGCACUACUCCAACGAAGACACCUUCCAGAUCUCCAUGGAGGAGAUGGGAGGAAUAUACAAGCUCACCCUCACUGAGAUCUGAGUCUCGGACGAGGUGGGAAGGCCUUCACUACUAUGAGUUUACACUGAAUCUAGCUGGUUUACCGGCAGUAACAGCUAUGAUCGCGAAGCUAAUGGAGGGGAUGGUGUGUCCCUGAGGUCAACGGGGGGCCUGUGUUUCAUAUGGAAACGCAGGAUCUAAUGGAUUGUAGCUCUUAUUAUGCAAAUGCAUUGAUUAAAGAUAAAAUGUAAACGUUUAAAUUCUUUUUAUAAAACUGUUUAUGUGUACAUAAGUAUCGGGACAUUGAUGACACUCUUAUGAUGUUAUUUUUAUUUGUUAGUCGCAGCAGAAUAUGAUUUUUACUUUGUCCAAAACAUGCAGGGCUUUUAUGUUGUCAUCAUACCUCAUUCUAUGGAGGCAACAAUCUUUUUUUCACAUGUGCAACAACAUGUACAGGCAUAAUGUGUGUGUAUUACGUGGACAGACAGCGAUGGCCAGCACCUGUUGUUCCAUUCUCUAAAGCCAUAGCACUGAUGAUGCAGUCUGCAGGGUGACACACAGAGGGAAGAGAGAGGCCUAAAACAACCAGACCCCUGGGGUGUAUUAACAGUGAAGAUCCUGGCAGUAUUUAGUUUCUAAAGCGCUCUUUACCGUGAGUUAAACGGUAUAGUUGUACAUAUUAGGAAUGACCACAGAUACUGUUUGUAUAAAAUAUAGUCUUUUUUUUCAGAUCAAGUUUGAUAUCAAAUAUUUUCAUCAGUAUAUAAAGUAUUACAUAACAGAUGAGUAGAGGAUACCUAAUUCGAACAUGGAGGUUCCCCUCUUUUGAGUAGAGUACAGUAGAUAGACACCAGUUUCUCGCACAUCCGCACAAACCAUCCUGAUAGUGCAAUAUCAUAUUUAUCUCCAGACACAAUCAUUUUCUGAUGGCCAUUUCUUUGUGAUAUAUUUGUGAUGCAUGUCAAAGUCAGGUCAGUGCCUUUGUCAAGCUCUGCUCUAAAGUAAUGCUUGAUCUGCACAACCUUUUGUAUAUCAGUACUUAUGUGUAUAUAUUUAUUAAGAGUGUGGAUGUGGGAACUUUUUACAAUAUAUUUCCAAAUGUCUAAACUACAAUUAAUAAUAUAAAGUUUUUUUUGGUUUCUUUUUCUAUGAAGUUGUUUAAGAGCGUUAUGAUGUUAACAUGUAUUUAAAUCCCGAUGCAUAAUUCAUUUUUGUAAAAGCAUUGAUGCAGUACGUCAAUAAAAGAGGACUUUUACCUGUA